UAAAAACAAACUAUUUUAUUUAAUGCUUGCCAAGAUGUAUUUCCUAUUAAAGACAUGUACAUCUCUGAAUCAAGCUAGUUUGCUUGCAAUCCAGAAAGGCUCAUGGGUUUUAUCUGUGAGAGGUUUAAAUAAGAGUUCUGUGUUACAAUGUCAAGCCAAGCAAAAGCCACCAGUUAAGACUGAAGAAAUCAAGGGUAUACCAUAUUCAAAGCUGAGUGUUGGUGUUCCAAAAGAAGUAUGGAAAAACGAAAGGAGAGUUGCUCUUUCUCCGGCAGCUGCUGCGACUUUAAUUAAGAAAGGCUUUAAGGUGAACGUAGAAAAAGAUGCUGGUGCUGAAGCCAAAUUCAGUAACCAAGACUUUGAAGCAGUUGGUGCAAAAAUUUCUGAUACUGCUGCCGCUUUUCAAUCUGAUAUUGUAUUGAAAGUGAGGGGUCCGACUAUCGCUGAAGUUGGUAAAUUCAGAAAAUCUGGCACCCUUAUCAGCUUCCUCUACCCUGGACAAAAUCAAGAUCUUUUGAAAGCUUUGGGAAAUCACCAAAUGACUGCAUUUGCAAUGGAUUGUAUUCCAAGAAUCAGUAGAGCACAAGUAUUUGAUGCCCUCAGUUCAAUGGCCAAUAUAGCUGGUUAUAAGGCGGUUGUUGAAGCUGCCAAUAAUUUUGGAAGGUUUUUCACUGGUCAGAUCACAGCAGCAGGUAAGGUGCCUCCUGCAAAAGUUCUUAUUAUUGGAGGAGGUGUUGCUGGAUUAUCUGCUAUAGGUACUGCUAAAAACAUGGGUGCAAUCGUAAGAGCAUUCGACACGCGUGCCGCUGUUAAAGAGCAAGUGGAAUCUUUUGGCGCAGAAUUUUUAGAAGUUAAUAUAAAGGAAUCUGGAGAAGGUGUUGGUGGUUAUGCGAAGGUGAUGUCAAAGGAAUUCAUUGAAGCUGAAAUGGCCUUAUUUGCAGCCCAAUGCAAAGAAAUAGAUGUGCUAAUCACUACAGCUUUAAUUCCUGGAAAACCUGCUCCCAAACUCAUAUCAAGAUUAGGAAACAAAGAUCACUUUAAUAUAGAUUUGGAAGAUGAAGUUGUUAGAGGCUCUAUUAUUUUACAAAAUGGUAGUUUAUUAUGGCCUCCUCCACCACCGAAGGAAGUUGCAGCACCUGCUGCAAAACCAGCUGCUCCUGCUAAAAUUGUUCCACCAGAACCAAAUUACUUUAAUGCAACGUUAAAAGAUUCUCUUCUCUAUACAUCUGGUUUAUCAACUUUGCUAGGAUUUGGAAUGGUUUCACCAAACCCAGCUUUCACUACCAUGAUGUCAAUAUUCGGUCUCUCUGGACUAGUUGGUUACCACACAGUUUGGGGUGUUACACCUGCUCUUCAUUCACCAUUGAUGUCUGUAACUAAUGCUGUAUCAGGAAUUACAGCUGUUGGGGGUCUUCUGUUGAUGGGUGGAGGUGUUCUCCCCCACACCAUUCCCCAAACCCUUGGAGCAGCAGCCGCUUUUAUUUCUUCCAUCAAUAUUUGUGGAGGGUUUCUUGUAACUAAGAGAAUGCUUGAUAUGUUUCGAAGACCUACUGAUCCUCCUGAAUUUAACUAUUUAUAUGCUAUUCCAGGUACCGCUUUUAUUGGCGGUUAUGCUGCAUUAGCUGCAGCUGGUUAUCCUGAAGUUCAUCAAAUGGCCUACCUGGGAUCCUCAUUAUGCUGCGUUGGGGCCUUAGCUGGUUUGGCUUCUCAAAAAACUUCCAGGCUUGGAAAUGCUCUGGGUAUGGUAGGGGUAUCUACUGGCUUAGCAGCUACUCUUGGCGUUAUGAAUGUGCCUCCAGAAUUCGCUAUUCAAAUUGCAGCUUGUAUGGGUGGAGGAGGUGCCCUUGGCUUGUACAUUGCCAAGAAAAUAGAAAUCACUGACCUUCCGCAGCUUGUUGCUGCUUUCCACAGCCUGGUCGGAAUGGCAGCUGUUCUCACAUGUCUUGCUACCUACAUAGUUGAUUAUCCAACUUUUGCUACAGAUCCAGCUGCCAAUGCAAUCAAAACUGCAUUAUUUUUGGGAACAUUUAUUGGUGGAAUUACAUUUAGUGGCUCUCUAGUAGCCUAUGGAAAACUCCAGGGACUGUUAAAUUCAUCUCCCUUGCUUCUACCCGGAAGACAUGUUCUUAAUGGUGGACUAAUGGCAAGCAAUGUUGCAGCUAUGGCUUAUUACUUGAUGUCUAGCAGCAAUAUUGCUGGAUUAAGUUGUCUUGGUGCCACAAGUGCUUUAUCUAUGAUUAUGGGUGUUACUCUCACAGCUGCUAUUGGAGGUGCAGACAUGCCAGUUGUGAUAACAGUUUUGAACAGCUAUUCUGGUUGGGCAUUGUGUGCAGAAGGUUUUAUGUUAAACAAUAAUCUAAUGACGAUUGUUGGAGCUUUAAUUGGAUCAUCUGGUGCCAUUUUGUCGUACAUUAUGUGCAAAGCUAUGAACAGAUCUCUACCAAAUGUUAUAUUGGGAGGUUAUGGUACAUCUAGUACUGGCACUGGCAAACCUAUGGCUGUAACUGGAACACACACUGAAGUGGAUGUCUCACAGGCUGUACAGAUGAUUAGAGAUGCUAAAAAUAUUAUCAUCACACCUGGAUAUGGGCUAUGUGUGGCUAAGGCUCAGUAUCCCUUAGCAGAAAUGGUUAAAACUUUAACUAAUAAGGGGAAGAAAGUGAGAUUUGGCAUCCAUCCAGUAGCUGGUCGAAUGCCUGGUCAGUUAAAUGUCUUACUGGCUGAAGCAGGAAUACCUUAUGAUAUUGUACUUGAAAUGGAUGAAAUUAAUGAUGACUUCAAGGAUACAGAUUUGGUUAUGGUUAUUGGAGCAAAUGAUACAGUUAACUCAGCUGCUGAAGAAGACCCUAACUCUAUUAUUGCUGGAAUGCCUGUCCUCAAAGUUUGGCUUUCUAAACAGGUUAUUGUCAUGAAAAGAAGUUUGGGGGUUGGAUAUGCUGCAGUGGAUAAUCCUAUUUUCUAUAAGGAUAACACAGCUAUGUUGCUGGGUGAUGCAAAGAAGACUUGUGAUUUAUUGCUUAACAAAGUGACAGAAGAACUUGGGUCUUGAGAAUUUUGUUAAGUUAUCAAAAAAAUUUGACUGACUUUUACACUGAGCUUGUCAAAGUAUUUUAUUUUGACUUAAUUAUCUCGUGUUAAAGAAUCUGCAUAAAUAUAUUAUGAUGUAUUUUAAAAUGGAUUGGUGAGAAAAAGAAAUUUUGUAAAUCAUUUAAUUUUUACUUUUAAAGAAAAUUUAAUCAAUUGCUGUUACUCUUCUUGUUAAUCAUAAUUUAUUUAAAUAAUUUUUAAUCCUUUAUUUUGAAAUUAUUAACAUAUAACAUUUUUACAUGUUAAAACAAACUGAAUCCUUGUUCCAAAUAUUAUUGUAUGAAUAUUAUUAUUGAAUUGUUAUAAUUUAAUCCAAUGAGUUUAAUUAUAAUCUACAGUUAUUUUGCCUUAUUGUUUUAGUCAUCCUUAAUAUUAUAUUUUAAAUUUUAUACAAAUAUAAUACUUAUUGUUGUAAUUAAUAUUUGAUCUGAAAAAAAUAAUUCUUUAGAAGUAUUUACGUUUUUAUAGUAAGUUGAAAAGUUACUGGAAUAUUUAUUUAAAUAUUGAAUUUUUUAGUUUUAUUUAGAGAGUUUCUCUGAAUUCAUCAUUGUUCUUAUAAAUGAUUUUUCGCAAAUCAAUAGAAAAUUAAUUUUAUUGAAAUAUUUUAAAAUUUUAUGAGGGAGUAGCUCUCGACGUGUACAUAAUUGCUGUUUUUAAAUCUCUUUCACAAAAUAAAAAAAUGUAUUUCCCAUAACGAUAAAAAAUAUAGUAAUAACUUGAACACUCUUUACUAAAUUAAGGCAGACAAUUUCAGUUUAUACAUUUAUCCUUUAAUGCUUACUAACUUUUUCAAAAAAUUAAAAAAUAUUCCACAACUUCAAGUAUUGGAUACCUAAGUUAUAAAAAAUUCUAUAGCCAAAAUAUAGGCCUAAUUUUUUUUAAAAUAUAUAUAUAUAAAUAUGUAUAUAUGCCAAUAAUAAAAUUGUACUACCAGUUGUAAUAGCACUAAAAAAUGAAGUCUUAGAUUGGACAUACUGUAAACUUAUUUUAUAAUUUUGCUCUAUUUUAAGUGCAUUAUUUAAAUUAUUAUAAUGCUAUUUAAUUGAGAAUAAUACUGCUUCCUUUUUUAAAAGUGUAAUAUUGUAUCUGAAUAUGCAUUUACUCCUUCUGUUAGUGGCACAAUUAGUUUAAUAAAUAAGUACAAGUUAAACAUAAAGUAUAUAUUUUAAUAUACAAUGCACUUAGCCUAAGACAUGUGUAACAGUUAAAUAAAUAAACAGUUAGUUAUUAUUUUGUUUAGCACUUUGGUUAAAACAUUAGUGAUAAAAAUGACUAGAAUGACAUAAUGUAAAGUUUAUGUGAUAUUUUAUAAUUGUUUAAAUCAAUGUAUUAUCCUUUUCUUGUUGUAUUAAUCUUUAAUUUAUUGUUUCAUUCAUUAUUUGGCUGGCAGUUUAUGCUACAAAAAAUAAUCUUUGAUAAGUUGUGCGAUUAAUUUUCGACUAAGAAUUGUAAACAAAAUUUGAUUUCAAUUCCGCAAAGAAAUCUUUUUUUUUUUUCAAUCCAAAAAUCUCUUUCUACAAAGUGUUUUGUAAUAAAUAAACUUUACUUUAAUAAUG